CUCCACAUUUUUUCCAGGACCUAGUUGACACCUGUGGCAGAUACAUGAAGCUGCAUGUGGUCUCAGCAUCUCAGCAGAAUUACCUUAUAGCGUGGCUUGAGUACACACUGACCUGUGGCCACUCAGAGAUUGCACAGGUGUGCCUCAACCACCUCAAGUGGAAUUUUGAACAGGUGGCAGCGAGAGAAGACUUUGCAUCAUGUGACAUUGACCUCCUGACCACGGUCCUUGCACAGCAUGACCUUGUUAUUCAUGAUGAGAUGACGCUAUACAACAUCGUUGUGUCGUGGCUCCACCGGCAAGAGGAGCGAUUGUCUCUGCCUACUCCAGUGGCUACCCCUGGUGAGCCACCCCCUUCCUUUGUUCCCCAGAGUAGUAGCUCAGCCCCGGAGGGUGUCUUCAUCCCUCCACCACCCAUGUCCAUCACUCCGUCAUGUGGGAAGCUCUACCUCCGGCGGGACUCCACUGCCAGCUCUUGUACUGAUCCAGUUGAUCGCAUGGAAUGGCUUACAUAUGAGGUAAUGAAAUUUGUUCGGUUUCCCAUGAUGACACCGAGACAGCUUGCAGACCUGUUACUUGUCCCACUUACUAUUAAGUACAAGGAAUUUUUUGUCACAAGAAUGGCCAUUGGGAUGUCAUUCCACUCAGGUCAGUGGGAUCGCGUAAGAGAAGUAAUGGCUGAACCGGACCCAUCCAACCGACUGCUCUUUACCCCGCGACUCUACACUGCCGAACAGUGGAGUGCUAGCCUCACUGUCGAUAACCUGCCUGGUUUGCCAGCCUACCACACCCGGACACUUGUCUUCUCCACACCUGCUUCGGCUUCUGAGCUAGAUUGCGAUUCUCAGCUGGAGUGGAUUGUGGAACUUUAUCCCAAGGGUGUUUGGUUUCGUAAGUUUUAUCUUAUUGUGUGGCAAGGCACAGUUGAAGUGCCAGAGGCUGUACUGCGGACAGUGAGGUUAGCUGUUACAGCAAAAGAUGUGGAGUAUGCCAGAGUGCGGAUUGCAGUGCUUGUCUUUGCUGUGCAGGAUGGCAUUGAGUACAUUGUCAAGGUUGUCUCCACCAAGUACAUCUUUUCGAGUGAAGACAACCUGCUCAACCUAGAUGAUAUUCUUCCCUUUGACAGCUUGAAUGACCCUGUGGAAAGACAAAGAUACCUCCAAGAGCCAUGCGAGUCCCUCAAGAUACACAUAGUAAUUAGUCCCCUGACGGAUCCUAAGUUGUCUGCCGCUGGGAUCACGUGAUGUGAACACCCACGGGAAUAGGAAGUGUUUUAGCCAUUGUCUCAUGUAGCAUUUGUAUGAAAAUAAAAUUUGUUAAGGUUAUUGAUGACAAACUUCAGGGCUGAUAACCUAACGACAAUAUGUGGUUAAGGCAUUAUAUAUAUUUUCAGCGGAUGCAUGAUUCCUGAAAUGGCAAGUCAAUGCCUUUUGAGAUUAAUAGAGGUUUGCAGUUCUUUAGGUUUCAAAUAUUCUGAGUUGCUUUUGAGUGACAGUUGCUGUGAUAGAUUGGGAUUUGCAACUUCUACUGUCCUUCAAUUCUGAUUCUGGAAAAAAAAAAUGAAAACAAAAAGAUGGACAAUGUUUAUGCAUAACAGAAAUAUUAAGAACAUAAGGUUGUCAGGAUUUGAUUUUUUUGCUGUGUUCAAGAUUUGUGCAUGGUUUUGUUACAAGAAAUAAAUGAUAUGGCAUGUGGGUGAUAUCUGAGUUAAUCAUCUUGCUCAAUGUGUUCUGACUAUGUUGUAGCAUCAUAUCUUUAAGUUUCCGUUUUUUCUCUUCCUUUUUUUUCUGUCGGUCUUUCUGUUUGUUGAACAUUAUUUUGGUUAUAUUAUAAUUAGCAUUAUUAUUUUCUGUAUUUUAUUUUUUGGCAUUAUUUCUGAUUUUAUAUUUUUUGUCAAGGUUUCCUUUUUGGUUGUUUAUAUAGGCUUCUGUAUGCUUAUAUUAUUUUUUUAUGAUAGGAUUGAAGUUGCUAUAUUUGUUUAUAGCAUUUCAAUGUCUACUUUCUUCCAUAGCUAUGUAAAGAGCAAAUUUAAUUCCAUUUACAAAAGAAAUGCUUAUUUCUUUGAGUGUUUGUGUAACUAAAAGGACCAGGUUGAUUUGUUAAUACUGGUGUAAGACAGUGCAUAAAAAAAUGCAACUUGUAUAAGUGGCUAUCUUUGGCUGAUCUGGAAGAGGAAACUGUGAUAAAAGAAAGCCAGAGACUCAAAUGGCGAUGCCCAAAAAGUGUUGGAAAUCACCUCAAUAAGGGAUGCUAGGUGGCACUAAUCUCACAUUCUGUACAAAAGUUGUGCUCUCACAUUAUGUGGCUUAUGUCCACACUCUUGAUGUCGUCUUCUUUCUUUGUGAAUCUUUUGCUAUCUUACUGAUUUUCUCUCUCAGUAUUAUCAUCAUUCUCAUACCAAGUUUGUAUGUAUGAGAAAGGUGCUAAGCUUCCUAAUAUUUGCCCUGCAAAAGUGUGUAGAAGAGGAUAAUAAUGAUUAUGGAUUUAAAAUCAAAACUGGAAAUUGAUAAUGAGAAACAAUGUUUCAAUGAUUUAGUGCCAUAUGUAAGGGAACUUCAAAGGAUUUCCAUUCUAUGCAUUGCUAUCAUCUAAUGCAUAAAGCUGCCAGGCUUUUGCACAUGCACACACAUACACUCAAACUUACACACAUACUCACACCUACACACAUGCCCGUAUACACUUAAACUUACGUGCAUACUCACCCCCCACAUGAGAAUGCACGCACACUAACACUCACACUUCAGAUGGGACUCUCUGAGCUUAGCUCUUCUCCAGUAUUGAAACAACUAGGUGAGAACACACACACACACACACACACACACACACACACACACACACACACACAC